AUGGGCAUCAAAAUCUUUGCCAAUUCUUUGUUGGAUUUAUGGAGUUUGGCAGGCUGGUCAUCAACAGGAAGGAUCUUGAGCAAUAUCAGCUGGUUCAAUAACGGUACCUGGCAUUGGCAAGAUGGCAAUGUAAUAUUAGACGCAACCAAUGUAACAUUGGUCGGUGGAAUUCUUGAGAAACGUUCUGAGGUGCUUGGUACGUAUGCCUUAUGUGGGCUCAACCACAUAGGGGCAGUUGGUGUUGCCAUGGGAACGCUGAUCGCGCUGUGCCCCGAACGGAGGACCACCAUCACAAAAUAUGUACUGAGGGCAAACAUCACUGGGCAGAUGGCCUGCUUUAUGACAGCAUGCAUCGCAGGUUUGCUGUACGAUGAGGCUUUACAGUCGGCGUGAGCGUCUUUGAAAGUCCAAUGUGUCGUACCUUGAACAAGGAACACAGAACCAGUACAAUGUCCAUGUUUUAUCAUAUUUCUCAAAUUUGGAACACCGCCAUAAACAGAAACUAUAGCUGACAGUGUUUCAGUAUCACGAAUACCAUGUAUACUGUAAACCACUUUUAUAACGAAGACGCCUUUAAAGAAAUACGGUUUCAACAAACUGAAAUGAGUGGUCUUUUUUAGUGUUAUAAGGUAUAACGUGUUAUAAACGCAGCUUACUGUAUUAUGAAUAUAUAGCUUGUAUCAUCAGAGUCGUAAUUAUGUAUUUUGAUAAUCGAUGGUAUUGUAGCUCAGUGAAGAAAUAUUAUAAAGGUAUAUAGUAUUUGAAUAAACCUGGUAUUCUGCGUUACAGAUUCAUUGGUUUGCCAGGCUGGUCAAUAGAAACAAAUGUGUACAUCAGCUCCAACUAAAAUUACCUGGAACGUUACCUUGUAGUUUAUUAUGCCAUAGACAUUAAAUCUGACUUUACGAUA